AUGCGGGCGCCACUCUGCCUCUUGCUGUUUGUCGCCCACGCCGUGGACAUGCUCCCCUUGAAUCGAAGGAAGAAGCAAGUGGGCACUGGUCUGGGGGGCAACUGCACAGGCUGUGUUAUCUGCUCAGAGGAGAACGGCUGCUCAACCUGCCAGCAGAGGCUCUUCCUGUUCAUCCGCCGGGAAGGCAUCCGCCAGUACGGCAAGUGUGUGCACGACUGUCCACCCGGCUACUUCGGCGUCCGUGGCCAGGAAGUCAACAGGUGCAAAAAAUGUGGAGCCACAUGUGAAAGCUGCUUCAGCCAGGACUUCUGCAUCCAGUGCAAGAGGCGGUUUUACCUGUACAAGGGAAAGUGUCUGCCCACCUGCCCGCCAGGCACCGCAGCCCAGCAGAGCACACGGGAGUGCCAGGAGGAGUGUGAGCUGAGCCCCUGGGGCAGCUGGAGCCCUUGUACGCACAACGGGAAGACCUGCGGCUCGGCCUGGGGCCUGGAGACCCGCGUGCGCGAGGCCGGCCGGGCCGGGCGGGAGGAGGCAGCCACCUGCCAGGUGCUGUCUGAGUCAAGGAAAUGCCCCAUCCGGAGGCCCUGCCCAGGAGAGAGAAACCCCAAUCGGAAGAAGGGCCAGAGAGAGCGGCGCCCGCGCAAGGACCGGAAGCUGGAUGGCCGGGGGGACGGGAGGCCCCGGCCGGCGCCCACCUAG